CUCCUCGUGCCAGCGACCAGUUCUCCACUCUUCUUGACUACUCUACCCAUUACACGAACAGCUGGAACACCCAUAAACACAAUGAAUAUGGCUUCACUGGAGACUUGCAAAGCUCUGAUCUUCGAUUGCUACGGCACUCUUAUCGACUGGGAAGUAGGCAUGUACCAAAACCUCGACGCCCUCUGGUCUCAGAAGACCUGUCCGGAACCUGAUAGGUUGUUUAAAGCCCUAGGAGUGUUGGAGACGAGGAUACAGGGGAAGGAUGAGGAGAUGAUUUAUCCUGAUGUGCUGGAGCUUGUGUAUAAAGAACUUACUGGACAGUUUCGUCUAUGGCAUGACCCCGAAGCUGGAAAAGCAUUCGGAGACUCUGUAGGCUCGUGGCCAGCAUUCCCCGACUCUGCGGCUGCUCUCGGUAAACUGAGAGAACUGGGGUUAAAGUUGUUUGUCCUGAGUAAUGUGGAUAAUGAGAGUUUUGCAGUGACGAGAAAGAAGCUCGAGACGGAAACGAAGUUUGAUGGAGUCUACACUGCUGAAGAUAUCGGCUCGUACAAACCUGACCUCCGAAAUUUCCGUUACGCCCUCGACCGUCUUGACGAAGAUUUCGAUAUCUCCCCGGACCAAGUGAUUGUAGUGGCAAAUUCAAAAUUCCAUGAUAUCAGUCCAGCACACCGAAUGGGUCUCAAAGCAGCAUGGAUAAACCGCCCAGAAGCGAUCAUGGGUGUUCAAGGGUUUGAGGAUAUCAAGCCCGAUUGGACGUUUGGGAGUAUGAAAGAGUUUGCUGAUGCGCUUAAAAGUGCGAAAGAGGAAUUUUAAGUUAAACAAAACCUGAUCCUUCAACGACGAACCGGCAGCGAGUGUGAAUUGGAGGGUAGGGCCACUCAUGGUCUUUCGAGGGGGCGCGGAAAUCAACCUUCUCAGCGCCUGCUCCAUUGACCAUGUCCACUUUUUCCCAGUCAUUUUCAUUUUCUCUUGUUCCAUCAGCACCAAAGGGUCACACC